AUGAACAACCAGGCGCGGGCCCCAGCCCCUUCCCCAGUCAGGACCCCGACCCCUGUCCGGGCUCCAACUCUGGGCCGGGCCUCGAUCCCUAUGCGGGCCCCGACCCCGGUCCGGACCCCGACCCCGGUCCGGACCCCGACCCCUGUCCGGACCCCGACCCAGGCCCAGGUCCCGACCCCGGCCCAGGCCCCGACUCCGGUCCGGUCUUUGCCUCCGGUCCGGGUCCCAACUCCGGUUCUGGCCACGACUCAAGUCCGGGCCGCGACUCCGGUCCGGACCCCGACCCCAGUCCAGACCCCGACCCCGGUCCAGGCCCCGACCCCGGUCCAGGACCCGACUCCGGUCCAGACCCCGGUCCAGACCCCUGUCCAGACCCCAACCCCAGUCCAGGCCCCGACUCGGGUCCAGGCCCCGACACCGGUCCAGGCCCCGACCCCGGUCCAGACCCCGGUCCAGACCCCAACCCCAGUCCAGGCCCCGACUCCGGUCCAGGCCCCGACACCGGUCCAGGCCCCGACCCCGGUCCAGACCCCGGUCCAGACCCCAACCCCAGUCCAGGCCCCGACUCCGGCCCCGACUCCGGUCCCGGCCGCUCCCCCCGCCCCGAUCCCGGCUGAGUUUCCCGCCCCAGGAUCCUUCCCGACCCCGCCCCUGUUACUGGAUUCACCCCCAGAGCCGGCUGCGGAGCCAACUUUGUCGCCCGCUAAGGAGCCUGCGCGAUCGUCGAGUCUGAAGGCCGUCCCAUCGGUCACCAGCCUAUCUGAGCUCGCCGAGGGUCCCCAUCCGCCGCUCACUCCAUCAGCCACUGAGAUACUGGGGUCCGCCUUCGGGACCAUCCCGACGGUAGACACAUCGGCCACCAAAUUGACGGAUUCCAUCCCCGGGCGUAUCCCAGCGCCUAUGCUGGAGACCAAGCUGUCAGCCAUCUGUGUACCGGUUUCUAACGACGCGCUCGCCUCCACCAGCGAGAACGUCCAAAUGGACAACAGAGUCCUUAUUCGAGUGAUCUACUGUGGCCUCUGAAGCUAUGGCCUUCGGUACAUUCUACUGAGAAAGAAUCUGGAGCAGCAAUUUCCAAAUCGUCUACUCUUUGAGGAGGACAUUUCUUCCCAGGCUACGGGGGAGUUUGAAGUGUUUGUGGACGGGAAACUGGUCCAUUCGAAGAAGAAAGGUGAUGGUUUUGUGGAUGACGCCAGGCUGCAGAAAAUUGUGAACAGUAUCAAUGAGGCAAUCAAGAAAAGGUAG